UCGGGGAUGACGAUUCCUCGAGGGUGAAGCACACGAGUCGGAGAGACAGAUCUCGGACAAAAAAGGCACCCGUGGUGAGAGAAGCAACAGAUAAUUGACCUGCUGCUGUAGAUACCUCUUAUUUGACCUGUGAUGACUGAACUAGAAACCAUGGAGCCCCACACGCCAUGUGAUGAAUCUGGCAACUAUGUUAGUUCAACUGAAUCGAGAUCUUGUGGUGUACUGCAACCAAGGCCACAAAGCACUCUGUCUAGAAAAAUUAUCUUGCCAGGAACAGAUCGAGAUAGAAAGUCAAGUUCCAGUCCUGUGAUUGGAAACACUAGUACUUGUCCAGAAAUUGAAAAUGGCAGUUUUCAUAAAGGAAAUGUAAAUUUGGGAAUGAAAUAUUCUCAAUUCAAAAAAGUACUCCCGCCGAAGCAAGAUGAGAGAAAAUCAGACCCUGAGAAGGGCAGUAGAGUGUUUGACUCAGGUGACUCAGGUGAUGGAUACUUGUCAAGUCUGCCGUCCCUACCCUUGGAAACAGUAAAUGAAGAUAGCAGAAAGGCUGAGGAUGAAGAAGGGAUGGAGGUGGAAGAGAAGACAAUGAUUGAUCAGGAGGAAGAGCAGGAAAUAUCUGUACACAAGCAACAGCUCAAACAACGAGAACCUGUGACGAAGUUCGCACCAGGUUCUACAGUUUAUGGCACUAAAGAUGCCUUGACUGACAUGGUUCUCCAGAUGUUGGCCCUCCCUGACAAGGAAACUGGAAUCUUCACUAAAAAGAGCUUAUGGUUCCUGAGUUCAGAAGAUCGAAGGGAAGUCAUCAGAAAGAAAGUUCUCGGACGAGGUGCAUUUGGAAUAGUCAACUUGUGUGUCCAUGAUAAGACUGACUAUGUCAUCAAGCAGAUUACUGGUGAUUUCCAAAAAAAUGAAGUUCUGCUGACUGCCAAGUUAAACAGUCCCUACAUAACACAGCUCUAUGGGAUGAUAGUCCGGAACAAGAUUCCUGAAAUUAUCAUGGAAUUUGGAGGUCAGUCAAUGCUUCAGAUGGCAAGGCUGGGGAAAUUCCAGGACCGCGACGUGUGGAACCUCUCCUAUCAGGGCUUGUGUGCUUUGGAAUAUCUGGAUGAGUUCGGCAUUUGUCAUCUGGACAUAAAACCGGAAAACAUAUUGCUGAUGAUGGACGAGAACCAAUUCCUGUUGAAGUUAACUGACUUUGGAGCAGCAAAAAAGAUUGGGGAGAAGAAUGACAUGGUUGGUUGGACGGUAGAAUAUCUGAGUCCCGAGCGGGCUUGGUUGGUCCUUCUGUCCAAAUUUCCUGAGCAGCUAUCACCAACUGGGCUGGAAGAGAGUGACAUCACUGGAAAAGCUGACAUCUAUGCUCUCGCCUUGACCUUGAUGUAUGCUUACGAAAGGUCACAUGUGCUCGUAAAGUUCAUCACUAAGGGAGACAACUUUUACCGCGAUGCAGACAAGCAGCCAAAGCUACAAGUCAAUCUACUGGUUGAACUUUGCUCCAAUCUUGAUCUUGCCUUGAGCCAGAUGCCGAAAGCAGUGAGCACUGACAUGAGAUUUAUCCUGAACAAGAUGCUGCAGGGAGAUGUCACUAAAAGGUGUACAGCUGCAGAGGGCAAAAACUGGAUGAAUUGUAAGUUGGCGGUUCAGCAGCAAGCUAAGGGGUUAAAAAUUCAGACUGAUAGUAGAGUAACAGAAGAGUAUACAGCCCAAACACAAACCAAACCCAUCAGAAAGGCAGUACAAUCCAAUAGGAAGUCUACAUCAGCGGUCGGUAAGCCAGCUUCAGCAGUAGGUAUGUCACAAAUACCAAUAAACGAGGAGCAAGGCUGGGCUAAAGAGUGUAGAAAAGCAACUAUGGAAACCAUCGCUAACCUGCCAUCUGGACUGAAGAAAAGGAUGGUCAAGAGAAAACUCUCGUAUAAAUUGGCAUCAGGCAAAAAAAUGAAAAUUGGUGAUUUCAGGAAAGAGGCUGAAGAUGAUGAAAGUGUCAUUUCUAAUGGUGCCUUUCCUGAAACCGUGAUAAGGGAGACAACUCAUGAUGUCAUUGUUAUCAAUGAUGACACUGAUGAGGAGGAACCAGCACCAGUGAGGGGGCAGUAUGAGGGACAGGAGGAGAAGCUUGGUAAUGGAAACAUUCCUAACUUCGAAAUGUUGUACACACAGAGCUAGCUCUGGGUCUUGAUUCAGUUUCGCCAAAUUUUUAUAUGUUCCAAACAAGUGCGCGUGGUGGCACGCAAUCAAUUGUUUUAUUACUAUAAAACACUAACACUGCAAAUAAUUUCAUUUUUGUUUUUUUAUUUCUGUGACAUUCCCUGGCCUUCUGCAUCCCAAUUUCAAGGCCUUCUACAUUCAAACAGGCUGCUCCUUGUUGCCAAAGUGCCAGGAUGAGAUAUUUCAUCUGUUAAAAUGAAGAAAAAAUAUAUAAGAGAACUUUACAUGCAUAUUAGAGCAAAUCAUUUUCACCAAAAGCAAAGGCUGAUAAUUUUGGAAUUUACCAUCCCUAUCAACAGUUUUAUUAGUGGUUAUUCAUCUACAUAUUCAGUUGAUAAUUCUUAGUCAAAAAUCAUUUGUUGGCAAAAAUGCCAACAUUUUCACAUACAAAAAAAAACAAUUGGCAACUUAAAUAUAAUUUUCGGCCAAUUCUUGUCUCGAUCAGAGUGCAAGAAUGACACAAUUCAAAUUGUACAUGUCAUUUUCAGUGCCCUGGCAAUUACAUAUCUGUUACUGCUUAACAAAAUUAAAAAGAAAGUCGUUAAAAAAAAUAUCCCGCUUUCGUCCCAAUGAAAACACCCAACCGUGCCUCGUUAUUGCCUCGCAUCACUUCACAGGAUUUACUGCAGUACCUACUCUAAUCCAAUUAAAACAACCCUUUUCUCACCCUAACUUACCCUAUUGUUCUCCACAGAGCACCCCUCGGAAUAAGACAAUAUAUUCAUAAUU